AUGGCACCCCCAUCCCGCUGGCCAUAUGUUUUUGGAAAAUAUGCAUAUUAUGAUGCGGUCUGUAAGAUUGCAACUCUGAAUAUGGUGCGUUCGGAUGCAUAUUACAUCUCUCGUCAAACUUCGAAAUCGUUAGUUUUCAAUCCGUUAGCCAAGAAAUCCACUCUUAAAUACGACGAUGUUUUCGGUGGGUCGUCCAAACAUGCCAAAAAGUCAAGUAGAAGGGACGUCUCAUACAGAGAUAACCACAGGCUGAUUGCAGGUGUCUCGGUCCCGCAACGACCAAUCGAGCCUGACAAUUGCUGUAUGUCGGGCUGUAUAAACUGUGUUUGGGAAUUGUUCAACGAAGAUAUGGAAGAAUGGAAACAUAAGAGAACGGAAGCGGCAAAGGCUCUAAUGGCCAAGGGCGAAGGGAAGUGGCCCAAAGACUGGGAUGCACCUCCCAAGAUAUUGGAUUCUAAAUAUAUACAUGGUAGCCAUGAUGAAAACCCAGAAGAGGUGAGUGGAAUGCCUGUUGGACUACAGGUUUUCAUGAAUUUCGAGAACAAAAAGAAGGCAAAGAGCCAAAAGAAGAGGCAACCUAACGGGGAUGCCCUCAGUAGUUAA